CGCGCUUCUUCCUGUAUUCAUCCGUGUAGCUGGAGGCUGGGGCCUGGUUUUGGACCAUAUUUGCAUUUUUAGAUCUUUUUGUUCCUGUUUAUUUGCGAUCGUUUGCUACAAGCAGCUGGAGCUGAGAGAUCCACAGCGUCUUGUUCGCAGCUGGCGUCGUCUGUAGGACUACACUGUUAGCUGGAAGCGCUAAUAUUAGCUUUAGCACGGUUGAUGUUUUGGGCUUCCUUUGUCGCACUGACGUUUGUUCUUCCUUCCAGGUGCACUCGUUUAACAGAAAAGAAAAUCGCGUUUAAUUUAACAAAAAAAAAAAAUUCUUUAUCUAUUGUCAUUUCGUCUUCCUUUAGCUUGCAAAACACUGUAAGGUUGAAAACGUAUGUUUUGUUUUUUGUUUGUUUGUUCCUUCCGAUCAUUGGCGCUAAUGCGAGUAUGCUAACUAGCUAGCUCGAGCUGUUUGUUUAUUGUAUUUAAUGACAACACUCAUAAAUGUUCUCUCACACACACACACCAAGGCGUUGAGGCACUUCCGGUUAUUGUUUUUUUUUUUUUAGCUUUUUGUUUGCCUUUUUAUAGCAUUGGCUUUUGAGUAUAAACAUAAAUAUAUAACAAACAAACACAUAAAUAAAAUUUAAAACGUAACCCGCGUAGCCUGACCUGCAGCGUGCCGUUUGUUUUGACCCGGCUGCGUCAACCUCGAGCGUCGUUUUACGCGAAUUCGAAUUAGUUUACGCAAAAAAAAAAAAAAAAAAAAAUCGUACGUAUUUACGCAAAUCCGAACUGCGCACGAGAUGUUUCGCUUCCACGAGGACGUCGAUGACAAUCCAUGUAUGAUGGACCCCUUCGCAGCACACCAUCGUCAGAUGAGGAGUAUGUUCGGGACGCUCGGGUUCGACCCGUUUCCUCUGACUCCUCAGAUCCAGUCCGCCCGAACUCCCAUGCAAGUACAGCCUCAAGCUACUGCAUUGGCCCCCUUCGGUAUGAUGGGAAUGGGAGGAGGAUUCAUGGAUAUGUUCGGGAUGAUGAAUGACAUGAUGGAGAACAUGGAGAGGUUCUCCGGUUCUCCGUCCUGUCAGUCAUUCUCCUCGUCCACCGUUAUUUCAUACAGCAGUGACUCCGGAGCUCCAAAAGUGUAUCAGCAAACCAGAGCAAUCAGAACAGCACCUGGAGGGAUCAGAGAGACGCGUCAGUCGUUGCGCGACAGUGAGAGCGGAAUAGAGCGGAUGUCCAUUGGCCAUCAUAUUGGAGAUCGAGCUCACGUGAUGGAACGUUCCAGAAACGCGCACACUGGAGAUCAGGAGCACCGGCAAGACUUCAUCAACCUGGAAGAAUGUGAAGCUGAAGCCUUUGAUGAGGAGUGGAGGAGGGGAGUAGGGCGCUACAUGAACCCUAAUGCCCGUGGCCUGGAAUACGGACGGAACCGAAGGACAGCGGCAGGACAACUGGCCCUACCCGCGCCGCCAAACUCCAACUCCACUUCCUCCCCUCGACCCCCCCAUCGUCCACGCUACGACUGGUGAAGGAACCAAGCAGAAGAGCCUCAUGAUCUACCUGAUGAUGUGAAGAAGAUUGUUUAGGAAACCCUGGUCCUGCGUCCUGGAGUGGUGUGUGUGUGUGUGUGUGUGUGUGUGUGUGUGUGUGUAAAAUGUUACAAUGCAGGACUGACACUGUACAGAAUAAAUAGCUGGGUCCAAAAAUCUGAGUGCACUCCUGUCCGCUAUAUAGACAUCGCAUCACAAAAUUCUCACCAUCCUCGUGGACGUGUCCCGAACCACACCCCCCUAGUCACUACGUAGGUCGUAGUGCGUCACAGAGUACAAUGUCUGGAUCCUACCGUCUUGCAGGGCAUUGUGGGAAUUCCUGUGUGUUUGUACUGGAUAUACGUUGACAGAAUAGUGGACUCCAAAGAUUAAAAAGGAAAAAAAACAAAAAAAAAAAGUUGUGAUUUAGGACAUACAGUGAGUGUUAAUAGUAGUAUUGAAACCGCAUUCAUGUUUGCUUGGUAGUGCACUCUGACAUUUUGGACACUAUGUAGCCUCAUCACAUGCGCGCACACACGCACACACACACACACACUCAAACAUUCCUAUGUCCAUCCCUAUGCUUCCAACACUUAAAUAUUAAAAUGUGUAAUUAUAUACUGCUACACACCAGGCAUGUGCCGAUUUUAAAAAUGUCAUAGAACCUGAAGUUCUUCUGUGAUUAACGCUAAAAAAACCCACAGAAUUCUUUUCAUCUCACGUAUUCUCCGAUAAGAAAACACACCCCACGCGCUUCAGAAUAAAGACUCGCAAAUAAGGCGGCUGUCCUCGAGCGACAACGUGAACGAGACGCAGGAAAGCUGACGCCGUUUUGUGUGACUUUUGCGCGAUAUUGUGUUCUUAAUGAUCGGCACAUGCCUGCUCCACACACACUGUACAGUUCAUUAAUGUCUGUGUUGUUUGACGCUAUGCUAAUCUGUGAUUUGAGCUGUACACUGUUGACUAGUUAAACUUAUUAAUAAAUAAAUUAAAGUUG